CUCUCCCGUCAGCCUGCAUUGACCACACUGCCCACCCGAGUGCAGGUUGCCGGAGCCGGGCAGCUGCCGCCGCCCCUCCCGGAGGAGGCGGCGCUGCUGAACCGAACCGAACCGAACUUCCAGCGGCGAUCCUGUUCCCGGCCGGAGCCGGUGUGGCCGGUGCUGGGAUCCCCGGCAGCCCCCGGGUCCCUGCGCGCUGCCGGUCCCGGCGGCGUCACUUGGAGGGGAAGCUGCGCUGUCUCACUGACAGCGACAAGGGAGCCCGGAGCCUCGGCCGUGCCCGGCGCCGAUGCUCCAGCCCCUGGUGCUGGGCGCUGCCUGCGCCGCCGCCGCCCUGCUGCUGAGCUGCGGCCUGGCGGGGUGGCGGGGCCCCGAGGCGGCUCCCCCCACCCCCCGAGUCUUCAGCAAGGCCGAGCUGAGCCGCUACACCGGCGGGGCGGGCAGUCCCGGGCUGUACCUGGCCGUCCUGGGGCAGGUGUUCGACGUGGGCCGGGGCAGGAAGCACUACGGCCCGGGAGGGUCCUAUCACUUCUUCACAGGUCGAGACGCCAGCAGAGCAUUUGUGAGCGGUGAUUUCACCGAGCCUGGUCUAGUGGAUGAUGUGUCGGGACUCUCUCCCAUUGAAAUGCUCUCUCUCCAUGAGUGGCUCACCUUCUACAAGAGAGAGUACAUUUUUAGAGGCAAAUUAGCCGGAACGUAUUAUGACGCCAACGGUGAACCGACCCAAGCCCUCAUCGACGCAGAGCUGGUCACCGAGCAAGGAAGGAAACUGAAGACGGAGUCUGAAUUAGAAAACAAAGUGUUUCCUCCCUGCAAUUCCGAGUGGACCUCCGGCAGAGGUGGCAGAGUUUGGUGUUCGACUCACAGUGGAGGAAUAGAAAGGAAUUGGGUUGGAGUCCCGCGCAAAUUAUACAAGGCUGGAUCAAAGAACUAUCGCUGUGUUUGUGUGCGUACAGAUGGACCAGCGUCGAAUCAACCCGAGUCAGCUCACAACAGAGGAGAUCUGGACAACCCUGCUCUGCGGGAAUAUCCAGGAUGCCAGAGCCUUUCAGACUCUUGUGUUGUUGUGGACGAGUAGUGGCUUCUGACCAGCCUGCACUGAGGCAGUAGACCAUCAAUACAUAGACCGUUUUUUAAAAAAAACAUUAAAUAAAUUGACAAUCUGGGAGGAUA